GAGCUGGGCUCCGAAGAGCACUGGACAUCUGGAGUAUCUGACAUCCAAGCCUUUGGCAAGAUGUCAACAUUUCAUAGAGUACUUUAAGUGUUUUGGUCUGAGAGCUAAUGCAGCAUUUCCCACUGGUCAACACGCGCAGCCCAAGGAGAGAGCAAAGUCUAUUUCCCUCAACAUCAGAUGUUACACUCAGCUGCUGAUCCAGUCUUGCCAACAGAGAGGAAGAGAAGCUGGAAAAACCGGAUCAUUAGUGAAGAAACACUAUGGCCACUUCAAGAUGACAAGCCCACACUGGACUAAAUUGUUUCAUUGAAACAAAACCUUCUAUCAAAAAAAGAAAAAAAUUAAGGCCUCACCUCCAGAAAUUACACAAUGAUCAAUUCCACCGCCACACAGCCUCCAGAGGAGUCCUGCUCCCGGAAUAUCCUCAUCACUCAGCAGAUCAUUCCUGUGCUGUACUUUGUGGUCUUCAUCGUGGGGACCCUGCUCAAUGGUGUAUCUGGAUGGAUAUUCUUCUACGUGGCCAGCUCCAAGAGUUUCAUCAUCUAUCUCAAGAACAUUGUCGUUGCUGACUUUCUGAUGAGCCUGACCUUCCCCUUCAAGAUUCUUGCUGAUUCGGGACUCGGUCCGUGGCAGAUCAAUGUGUUUGUGUGCAGGGUGUCUGCUGUGCUCUUCUAUGUCAACAUGUACGUCAGCAUCGUGUUCUUUGGGCUCAUCAGCUUCGACAGAUACUAUAAAAUUGUAAAGCCUCUUUUGACUUCUUUCAUCCAUUCAGUAAAUUACAGCAAACUCCUGUCAGUGGUGGUCUGGAUGCUCAUGCUCCUUCUGGCUGUCCCCAACAUUAUCCUGACCAACCAGAAUGCCACUAGUGGGAAGGUGAUGCAUAUAAAAUGUGUGAAACUUAAAAAUGAACUGGGACUUAAGUGGCACAAAGCAUCAAACUACAUCUUUGUGGGCAUCUUCUGGAUUGUGUUUUUUCUGUUGAUCAUUUUCUAUACUGCCAUCACGAGGAAAAUCUUCAAGUCUCACCUUAAGUCCAGAAGGAAUUCCAUUUCAGUCAAGAAGAAAUCUAGCCGCAAUAUAUUCAGUAUCAUGUUCGUGUUUUUUGUCUGUUUUGUACCUUACCACAUUGCCAGAAUCCCCUACACACAGAGCCAGACAGAAGCUCAUUACAGCUGCCAGUCAAAAGAAAUUUUGCUCUAUGUAAAAGAAUUCACUCUGCUACUAUCGGCUGCAAAUGUAUGCCUAGAUCCUAUUAUUUAUUUCUUUCUAUGCCAGCCAUUUAGAGAAAUAUUAUGUAAGAAAAUGCACAUCCCAUUAAAAGCUCAGCAUGACUCAGAAACUUCCAGAACCAAAAGAGGAAAUACAACGCAUGAAAGCACAGACACUUUGUGAAUUCCCACCUCCUUUCAAAUAAAAUCCAUGUACACAUAUUGCAAUCUUCAGUUACAUAAGACUAAAUAAGAAACAUGUCCAUGCUGUGGGGCGCCUGGGUGGCUCAGUGGGUUAA